AUGUGAAGAAUGGUCUCAGGAAAUGAUUCCUUAGUGACUGAGUUUGUCCUGCUUGGAUUAACACAACAGCCAGAGCUGCAGCUGCCCCUCUUCUUCCUGUUCUUAGGAAUCUAUGUCAUCACUGUGGUGGGGAACCUGGGCUUGAUUGUUCUCAUUGUUCUGAACUCUCACCUGCACACUCCCAUGUACUACUUUCUAUUCAACCUUUCCUUCAUUGAUCUUUGCUAUUCCUGUGUCAUAACACCUAGAAUGUUGAUGAGUUUUGUGAAAAAGAACAUCAUCCCUUAUGCUGAAUGCAUGACUCAACUCUUUUUCUUUGCUUUCUUUGUGAUUGAUGAAUGCUGUAUCUUGACAUCAAUGGCUUAUGACCGCUACGUGGCCAUCUGCAAGCCCCUGCUCUACAAGGUCACCAUGUCCCAUCAGGUCUGUUUCAUGCUGUCAGUGGGUGUGUAUGCAAUGGGGUUUGUGGGUGCUGUGGCCCACACUGCAUGUAUGCUGAGACUCACCUUCUGUGAUGACAACAUCAUCAAUCAUUAUAUGUGUGACAUCCCUCCUCUCCUCCAGCUGUCCUGCACCAGCACCUACGUCAAUGAGCUGGUGGUUUUCGUUGUGGUGGGUGUCAAUGUUAUAGGACCCAGUUUCAUUAUUUUCAUUUCGUACACUCUGAUCCUCUCUAGCAUCCUGCGUAUCAAGUCUACAGAUGGCAGAUCCAAAGCCUUCAGUACCUGUAGCUCCCACUUAAUUGCUGUAUCUCUUUUCUUCGGAGCAUCAGCAUUCAUGUACCUUAAGCCUUCCCCGACUGGGUCUUUUGAUCAAGAUAAAGUAUCCACAGUAUUCUAUACUAUUGUGGGACCAAUGAUGAAUCCUUUCAUUUACAGUUUAAGGAACAAAGAUGUUCACGUUGCGCUGACUAAGACUUUGAAGAGGAUGCUGCUCUAA